AUGCGGUUCAUGAGUCAAUUGACGUGCAAUCAAGACGGAUCUCCUACCUACAAACCUAUCAUGUCAACCUCAUCCAAUCCCUCAUAUCGACCCGGAUCCGAGGAGAAUUCGCGAGGCAGUACGCAAGCAUCAACGAUACACCCGCUCCCUCCCCUUCCAUGUAUGGAGAAGCUUAGCGAGAACAAUUGUGUACCCGUGAAAACGGAGAUCGGCAAGAAGCACUCUCUUCCGGAAACCACCGAGAACAACUGUCCGGAUUUACUAGCGGCGAACGAUGUCCGCCGAAGACGUCCUGCGAGUCUAUACACAACAAUGCCGGACGUUGUUCGACCGCUUCCGAUUACGGUGAAAGUGCCUCCAGGAGCGACUGAGUGCGACUCCCAAGUGGCACUCAUUCUUGAAGAGAUCGCCACCGAUCCUCAUGUCACAUUCCUCUAG